AACCUUUAUACUGUCCUUGGAAGGAUGCAUAGUAAUACCCAUCAGCAUUCUGGUUCAAAGAAAACUUUUGAUGCGAUAUACGUCGCUCAAUAUACACAAUAUUGUACAAAAAGAAAUUUUCCUGCACCCAUUAUUGGAAAGACCAUUAUUUCAAAAAAAUUUUUGCAACGUAUGCAAACAUGUUCACUAUGUGCUAAAGAGGCAGCAGAAGUUGCUGCGUUCUUAUUUUCUGUUUUUACUAUCUUUGGGCCUCCGUACAUUUUACAAAGCAAUAAUGGGCAGGAAUUUAUCGCACAAAUUAUUUAUUAA